CGUAGCCUAUGGCCGCCUGUAACUUCAGAGGAAUUAAUGAAGAAUAUGUAUAUUGUAUUGCGGCGGCUGAGGACGUGUGACUCUUAAUCCGCGUAGUAAGUCUUUACUAUGUAUGUUAUAUGUAGGCAACAACAAUAAAAAAGUUUUUGGCAAGAAUGUAAUUUUUGGUACAAGCCUUUAUCGCUAACUGUACUUUUCUUUCCACAUGCAACUAAUACUCAUCGAGGCAAAUCUAACUUCACCGAAAACAUUUAGUUUGCGUUGUUAUAUCACAGAGUUCCCAUGGCUACCUCCUGUCUCCUUCAUCAGAUCAACUCCAUAUCAUCAUAAUAUUACAUUGUCAUCCGAUUUACAUAUAUAAAUGCAAAAUUUGAGCUCAAUCGGAAAUAGGGAAGUAGGUCAAAUUUAGGUUCCAAGAUUUGACCCCAUGCUAACAAAUUAACAUACAUACUAACAGGACAAUUUAAAUAAAAGCUUGUGUAAAACUCGAUAUUACCUCUACAUAUAAAGGGACGUAUUUUCGUAACUCUUUAACCUCAACCUCGAUAUGAUAAUUGAGAGAUAUAUAUUGUUUGAUAACAAAUAAUAAAAAGUGCUCAAACGUUAGAAAAAAAUCUGUAUUGUACUGUUUUUUUUAUCUAUUUGCACAGUCUUAUUUUUAUUUUAAACAAUUUGUAUUUGUGCAACUGUUCCUAAAAUAUUAUUCGAGCAAGCAUGUAAGGUCAAUAACCUAUUGCAUAAUGGCAUAGUUGAUCUCAAGUUCGAAGUCAGUAGGCCUACGAAGGUUAAAUUAACGCACUAUAAAAAGCACGUUAUCAACUUACGUAAUCAUUUAAAACAAUGUUACGCAUCAGAGCGACUGACGCACGGAAAACCAGUGCAGAAUAAAGAUCAUAAGGAUAAAAAGAGUAAGCUAAAGUCAAUUUACUUGUUAAAUGAAUAAAAGUGUAAAAAUAAAGUAAUAAUGGAGAGGUAAAUUGUAAUUUGUUGACAAUGCAUAUGUAAUUUAAUGAAGGAAGGAAUAAUCAAAGAUACCUAAACACAAAAGAGAAUAAUGAAACUAAAGAGUCUGUGUAUCUUAUACUUUUGUGUAUUAACAAAAGCGUCAAGUUUGUUCCCGCCAGUAGUAUCUGAAGAUGUACAUUUGAAUUUCACUGGUCUAGCAAAGAAAUAUGGACACCCUGCUGAAGAGCAUGAAGUGGUCACUAAAGAUGGGUAUCUUCUUACUUUAUUCCAUAUUCCUGGAAAGAGAACAACUCCUUUACUUCUAAUGCACGGGACAGGAGAUCAUGCUGAAAGUUUCUUGUUACGAGGAAAUCGGUCUCUGAUAAUCACAUUAGCAGAAGCUAAUUAUGAUAUUUGGGUCGGAAAUCUAAGAGGAAACAAAUACGCUCGAAGACAUGUCAAAUUAAAUCCAGAUGAUGAUCCCGAAUUUUGGAAUUACAGUUUCCAUGAAGCCGGACUUUAUGACUUACCAGCGACUAUCGAUUAUGUUUUAAAUGCGACUGGAAAAGAAAGCUUGAAAAUAAUAGGCCAUUCACAGGGAACCACAAUUAAUUUCGUUCUUUUAUCUUCAAAACCAGAGUACAAUGAUAAGAUUAAACUGCUAAUAGCACUAGCUCCAGUCGCUUUUUUGAACAAUCUAGCACCACCUGUGUCAACUCUUUGCGAAGUAGGACCACUAAUCGACGAAUUUUCGAAGAGUGUUGGAAUAGAAGAGCUCCCUAGUAAAAAAAUACCAGUACCAAAGUUCAGCAAUUUAGAAUGUAAAGGAGGGUCCAAUGACCACGUCCUGUGCAUAUUUUUAGCAGUAUUUUAUUCAACUUUCUUUGAUGCCAAGACGAUAGAGCCUGAAUUUUUUCAAAUUCUUCUAGGACAUUACCCAGGCAACACAUCCAGAAAAACCCUAGUUCAUUAUAACCAAAUUGCGUUGCGCAAACAAUUUUCCAGUUUUGAUUACGGUGUCAAAGAAAACUUUAAGCGUUACGGAAAAGGGUUGCCGCCUGAGUAUGAUUUGCAAAAAGUGACUGUCAAAACUGCAUUGCUGAUUGGAAGAGAAGAUCGGCUGGCAACUGUACAGGAUGCAGAGUUACUAAGAAAAUUGCUUCCUAAUGUUGUUUUGUUCCACAUACUGAAACCCAAAAUGUGGAAUCAUAUCGAUUUCAUUUGGAGAAACGACAUGAAUGUGUAUUUGUUUCCUACUAUAUUAUCUAUGUUAGAAAAGUAUGACUGAUUAGGUUUCUAAACAUUAAGAGUGCUUUACGAAGUGUACCUGGGAGCGUAGACAUGAUGUCAACAGUUAACGCUCUGUAGCGGUAGUUAGUAUAGACACCUAAUGAAUCAACUAAAAUAAAUGAAAUAUUGUACAAAAAAAUUCUGCUUUUAUUUUUUCUUAUCAAAUAAUUAGGAAAGCAAUUUAUCACUACUUUAUUUUUAUAAAAAAAACGUCGUACGUCACUGAUGCGACGUCACGACUGACACAGGUUAUGACUAUGGACGCAAUACAUUGCCGCUCGAAAUAUUUUAAAAAGUUAAUUGAACUCUGUAAUUUGAUAUUUUCUAUGAGACUCGUGGAUCUAAGACUUGUGACACGGUAUUAGAUGAGAAUAUAUAAAUAAUAGAUAAUAAAGGCAGAGAAAACAAAAAUAAUCGCCCUUACUGGGAAUCGCUCUUAGGACCUCCAGUUUCGUAGGAAGGGUCAGUACCAACUAGGCUGAGGUCGCUACGUCAAUGAAAGGAAAGCAUGCAGUACCAACAACAAGGAAGAGCACAUAUUUAAGGAUGGUUACUAGCCAGCUCGCUUUUGUAUUAUAUAAUGUAAAUAUAUACCUAAUCUAGAUAAUAGAUAAACACAUACUUCUAAACCUAUAUCAAUCCUAACUGCCUACCUUAUUAUUAUUCUAUUUAUUGACAAUAACAAUAUACAUAAUGGAUAUAUACAGAUGAUUACUAUAACUAGCUUAUAUCUAAAAUAGGCCCUUGAGGCAUUGUACCAAGGAUGCUGGCGGCAUUUCCUCGUUGUAUCGCAAUACUGAUACGUUGUGCGAGGAAGCCGCCAGCUCUUCGGUCACCAGUUACGUCAACCAGACGUUUCGCGAUUUCUCCAAAAAACUUGUGCGCGCUGGGACCCCAUGGACCUAGAGUUUCAACGCCAAAAGGUACAAAAUGGUACUCUCUACCGAGGCUCUUAUAUUUAUUACGUUUCCUACCUUAUUAGUUUUAGGAUAUUUAGGGUUCCUCAGUAUUUUUUAUGUUAUUGUAUUUUAAUAAUAGGUAAAUAGAUUUUAUGUUUCUGCUUAAGUAGUCCUUGAUUGUCAAUCUUUUCACUGACGUGUGCCGUAGUGUACAAUAAGAAUUAUAAAGGCUUUUUUACAAUAUGGAUAUCGUAAAUUGAUAAUACCUGUUUUUUUUUGACGCAAUGAAUAAUGAUAUUUAAUUAUGUACUAAGAAUUAAAGUACAAUAUGCAAAUUUAAACUCAUUUUUAAAGGUCUGUGUCAUUUUGCAAU